CACUGUGGAUGCAGGAGAGAGGGAGGGAGAGGCUCAGUCAGAGGAGAUCUUUGGGAAGAGGAGUGCGUUUCAGGAGAAAAAGCAGAACUCCUGGACAGCUCUGAUUCAAAAUGACUGAGACGUCUAAGGAAUAUUUUCUUUCUGCCUAAGCCAUGAAAACCAUUUGGAGCUCUGUGGAUUUAUGUGACCCUCCUGGUUCUGCUUUUGAACUUGCUUUUUGUCACUUUCAAACCCUUCGCUGCUUUCAUUUGUGCUGAAAGCGAAGCCACCAUGCCUACAGACGAUUAUAGCUACCUGCCUGAUGUGUUACCACCUCUUCCUGAAGUCCCGGACUCUGGAUCAGUCCUGAGCUCCGUUGACAUCCACGCCCGCUGCCUUCGCAACCCGGCCUUCCGUCACGCUGCCUCGCGCUACUGCUCGGCCCUCAGCAUGGACUCUUCUCCCGACAGCGUGGACAGACCCAUCAGCUACAGCUCCACUUCCUCCUCCGCCUCCUCCCGGGACAGCCACUGCUCACUGGGCAGCCGGUCCACUCUCGUGGCGGCCCCUCACUGCAACCCCAUCGCCUCGGACCGCGACUCCGGGGCCAUUCGGCUGGAGCUGGUGCCCGCGAGGCAGCUGGGGUGCGAAGAGAAAGACGACAGGAGUGACGGAGGAGGCAAAGGGAGCAAGAGACCGGCUGCAACGGAACAUUCAGAACCCGGGCAGAGCCCAGAGGGCGGAGGGAGGACGGGCCCUGUGCAGGGACCCAGGACGUAUGUGGACCGGGUUGUGCAGGAGAUAAUGGAUACGGAGAGAACCUACGUUCAGGACCUGCGCAGCAUCGUAGAGGACUACUUGGAGUGCAUCAGUAACCAGUCUCGACUGGCCUUGAGCUCCGAGGAUAAAGGUUCACUUUUUGGCAACAUCCGUGACAUCUACCACUUUAACAGAGACUUGCUUCAUGACCUUGAGAAGUGCAAUGCAGACCCUGUGGCCAUAGCAGAGUGCUUCGUGUCCAAGGUCAGUGGCUGUGCUCACCGAGUGCAUGAGGAACAAGGCGUUGGCCAAGUUUUUCCGUGAGCGCCAGGAAUCUCUGAGACACUCCUUACCCCUGGGCUCCUACCUGCUCAAGCCAGUGCAGCGGAUCCUUAAGUACCACCUCCUGUUGCACGAGAUAGCCAACCAUAUGGAGAAGGACACGGAGAUCUACGAGGUCGUGCAGGAAGCCAUCGAAACCAUGCAGAGAGUGGCCUGGCACAUCAACGACAUGAAGAGGAAACACGAGCACGCCGUCAGGCUGCAGGAAAUCCAGAGCCUCCUGACCAACUGGAAGGGCCCCGAUCUGAUCGGCUACGGGGAGCUCGUUCUCGAGGGAACGUUUCGUCUGCAGCGAGCCAAAAACGAAAGAACCCUCUUCCUGUUCGACAAGCUGCUGCUGAUGACCAAAAAACGAGAGGAGACCUACACGUACAAGGCUCACAUCCUGUGCUGCAACCUGAUGCUGGUGGAAGUUAUUCCUAAGGAGCCGCUCAGUUUCAGCGUGUUCCAUUACAAGAACCCCAAGCUGCAGCACACAGUCCAGGCCAAAUCCCAGCAGGACAAGCGCAUGUGGAUCUUACACCUCAAAAGACUCAUACUUGAAAACCAUCCUGCCAAAAUUCCUGCCAAGGCCAAACAAGCCAUUUUGGAAAUGGAUGCAAUACAUCAUCCUGGUUUUCACUACAGCCCUGACAGCAACAAGAAGGACUCUCCUCAAACCAAGGAAGGCCCCACUCCUCGCAGAGGACGCAGGAAAGAGCCCCUCUCCAAACUACUGAAGAAUGCGAGGCAGAACGCCGCCAACGCCGAUGGUGAAAAAAGAAGCAGCUUAGGCGCCAGCCUCCUCUCUCCCGUGUCCCAGCUGGCUCUGGGCACCAUCGGUCGCAGCCGGAGUCUAAUCAACCAAUCACAGGAGUCCCUGGACCCUGGAGACCACUACGACCACAGCGACAGGGAGGAUGGGGAUGAGUCGCAUCAGCAGGACGCGGAUGAUGAGGAUGACAGUGGUUUG